UUUGUCGAGAAAGGAUUGAUCUAGCCCGCUUCUUUAUAGUUUGUACAGGUCAGCAGCUUGUAUAAAUUUUCCUUAAUCUUCUUUUCCUCGAUGUUUCAGGAAACAACGACGAAAUUACAGAACCCACCUGCGCUAAUAUCUAUAUAAUUCACGCUAGCCUUCGUCUUCUACAUAAACUCAUCUUUCAUCACGCAUACUGCCAUCAGAUCCUAUUCGUCUGCCCUUUCUUUCUAUUUCUCACGAGUAGUUAGCGUUUGAAUUGGAAUCAAUGGCAUCUUCUUCUUCAAGUCACCAACAAAAUCAAGAAUUAGAUGCGUUCCCUCGAAUAGAACCUGCCGGGAAAAGAAGAAAGGUUUCUGAACCUUCAAUAUUGUUUGAUGUGUUCAUCAACCACAGAGGCGCCGAUGUCAAACGAACUCUUGCUACUCAGCUUUACAACUCGCUUAAGGAGAUAGGCAUACGGGCGUUUCUUGAUUCCGAAGAGAAGGAACUAGGAUAUUCGUUUCCUUCCACUAUCGAGACAGCCAUCCGCUCUGCUAAGGUACACAUAGCCAUCUUUUCCAAAAGUUAUGCAGAGUCCCCUUGGUGCCUGGCUGAGCUGGUUCUCAUGCUCCAAAGUCAGGCCAAAAUUAUUCCCGUGUUCUAUGAAGUGGAGCCAUGGGAAUUCACCCAAAUUGGAAAGGGAGUAUACGCUGAUGCAUUCAGUAAAUAUGAAGAGGAGGGCAGGUACCUCGAGAAGCUCAACGAGUGGAAGCAAGCCCUUCGUUCUAUUUCGUAUACUGCCGGCGAAAAAUGUGACAGUUUCAGUGAUCGGGAUUGCCAAAAGAUAGUAGAAGUUGUGCGAAAAGAAGUUCAAAGGAAAACAUGUUUACAUGUUGCUCCAUAUCCUGUGGGGCUUCAAAAUCUUGUGGAAGAUUUUGAAAACCAGUGCGGGCUGGAAAGAAUGAAGCAUAAGGUUAUAGGCAUUUUUGGCAUGGGCGGAGUGGGGAAAACAACUCUCGCCAAAGAGUUGUAUAACCGAAAGCGUUCAUAUUAUUUAGAAGCAAGCUUCUUGUCUAAUGUGCGAGCAGCUUAUGUGAGAAGUGAACUACCUUCUUUGCAAAGUCAGCUUCUCAAAGAUCUCUUCCACAAAGAUCUCAGAUUUAGAAGGACAGAGGAAGGAACAAGCUGUAUUGAAAAAUGUCUUGAAAGGAGCCUCACUUUAAAUUUCAUGAUUGUUGUGGAUGACAUCGAUCAUGUAGACCAGUUAAAUGCUCUACUGUGCAUGAAUAUCCUAAAUGAAUCUGAUGAUAGUCUGGUUAUUGUUACAACCCGUGACUUGCGUGUGCUUAUGAACGCAGGGAUUACUGUUGGCUAUAAUUUAAAAGAAAUGAAUAAAAAUGAUGCAACAGAACUCUUCUGUUGGCAUUCCUUCAACCAAGCCCAUCCAUGUAGUGGGUAUGAGCUACUGGUUGAUGACUUCGUAGGCCUGUGUGGAGGCUUACCUUUGUGUCUUCAGAUUCUGGGGAGACAACUUCAUAAAGUGUCUCAUGAACAUUGGAGGUCAGAAUUGAUUAAAGUUAGAGAGAUGCUGCCACAGGAAGUAAAGCAAAGUUUGGCAAUAAGUUUUGAUGCAUUAGAUGAUGAAGAAAAACAAGUUUUCAUGGAUAUUGCUUGCUUUUUUGAAGGGAAACCCAAAAGUAUAGCCGAAAGAGUAUGGGAAGGAUCUCAAAGUGCAUUGCAAACACUUAAAGAAACGUGUCUUGUGGAACAAAUGGUAACAGAAAAUUUCAGUUCGAAUGAGGGAGCUGUAUUGAGAAUGCAUGACCACCUGAGAGACUUGGGAAGAGAAAUGGCAGCUGAGUUCAGCCCUCCUCAACGCCUCUGGCGUCCUCAAGAUCUGAAAUCUUUGGAACAAGUGGGUCUCAAAACUAUACUGACCAAAACCAAUAUCAGAUGUUUCCAAUCCAUCUUCGACGAGUCAAUGGGUUCUCAAGUUACAUUCUUUUUAGCCCAAUCAAAUACUUGCUUUGAGACGUCAGCUUCCUUACUAUGGCUGCAGCUUGAGGGCAAUUCCACAGAACUAUCGAGCAUUCCUUCAUGGAUUCCUCUUAGAAAAUUACAGUGUUUAAAAAUAAAAGGUGGACGACUCAAAACGUUGUGGGAGGAUCGCAUGCAGGCGCCCUUCGAAUUGAAAGAGCUGCAAAUUUCUCAAACUUUUUUGAACGAGAUCCCAGAUCUAGGAAUAUUAAAUACUUUAGAGAAUGUGCUCUUAGAUUCCAAUGGAUUCCCAAUCACAGGUUUGCCUUUGCUAGAGUCUCUCAAUAUGAAUCUUUCUAGUUUAUGUCUCAGGUCUUCCACAUUAAAGGGAGAGCAGGUUUCCACUAAAAGAGACGAGAAGAUUCCGUGUGAAUCUCUGGUUAUCUUUAAUUUCAAAUUUAAUGAGGAGGAUUGGAAUAACGAAGGACUGUCUUGUAGUGUUGAGACCCCUAUGAGUGGCCUUAAAAAGCUUAAGAUCAGCGACGAAGAAUGUGUAUCCAAGAUCUUUAUUAGUGAAAUGCAUUAUCCAAGCCUUGAAUCUAUCAAACUUCACGAUAUGAAAAAACUUGUGGAAGUGGAAUUAACAAUGGCAGAGACAUUAAGUUCUGUUAAGAUUACAAAUUGUAAAAAUUUGGAAAGAGUGUCAGGAAUUCACAAUCUUGCACAGCUUGUAAAAUUAGAAAUUUCUGAUUGUGGGAAGCUCGAGUUUGAGUCCUUGAGUCUCAGUAGCAUGCCGUAUUUGAAGAAGAUAAAAUUUGAUAGAAAUUUAAUGCUAAAAUGUUUUAUGUUGAUUGAUUGUGAAAAUUUAAAAACAACAAACUUUGGUUGUCAAAAGCUUGUAGAAUUAAUCAUCCGUGACUGUCCGGAGCUCGUGGAGAUCCCAGCUUUUAUAGGUCCAAGCUGCCUCAAGAGGAUUUCAAUUGAUGGAUGCGAGAAGUUAAAAUACCUCCAAUUGAAUGGUUGUCAUAAUUUGGAAAGUGUGUCAGGGAACUUUGAGAUAAGAUGGUUGUGUAUCAGCGAUUGUCCUAAGCUCAAGGAGUUGCCAGAUCUUGCCACAAUGUGCUGCUUGGAGAAAAUUGAGGUUAAGAAUCUUAAGAAGAUACAGAACAUUACGCUGCCAAAAACACUCAUUAGUCUGUCUGUUCAAAGUUGCAAAAAUUUGCAAAGUAUAGCAGGAAUCGGUGAUCAUAUGGAGCUUAGAGAGCUGAUUAUUAGCGACUGUCCUGAGCUUGAGGAGUUGCCAAAUAUUUCCAGACUGAGCUGCUUAGAGCGAAUUGCCAUCGACUCCUGUGAAAAUCUACAGAACAUACCAAGCAUUGAAUGCACUUAAACAUAUGCAGCUUAGAUAUUGUAGCACUGCAGCAAUAUGGAAUUCCAUUCAUAAGUUGAAGAGUGUGCCAUGGAGAAUAGACAUGAUUGUAAGAGUAGUGGAUGGAACGGAAUCCACUUUAAACAAUAUCUUUUUUCUGACGCUAACACGGGAUGGUGUGGUCGGAUUUGAGUUUCGUUAUUGGAUGCUUUGUAGCAGUGGUUGAAGCCAUACUUCUGUAGAGGAUAUAAAUACAUCACUUUAUCCCAACUAUGGGCUUAAGGUGCGUGGAGGAAAAUGGAUAAUUACAAUGGUAGCAUGUACUAAUUUGACUUGCUGUUGUUGUCAUUAUAUGGAAAAUUCAGAUGCGGAGGUAGGGAAUAAGGAAGAAAGGGUUUCAGGUGCAAGUGGAGAAAGGUGAAGAGGGAAAAUGUUUGAGUAUUAUGUAUAAUUAUUCAUAGUUAAUGUUUAUGA